AUGGAGAAUCACAACAUUCUUAGCUGGAAUGUCCGGGGCAUUAAUAAAAGGGAGAAGCAGAGAUCCCUGCGUACUUUUUGUUAUUUGAACAAAAUUGGUAUAGGAGCUUUUUUAGAAACCAAGUUGCGUGGUAAUAAAAUAGAGGAGAUGAUGACUAGUCACUUUGUUGGCUGGAAUCAUUAUACUGGGUCAGCUAAUGAAGGAAGAAUUCUUCUGGUCUGGCAGGCCAAUAUUGUAUCUGUUGAAGUGUUACAAGAUAGUGAUCAGUUUAUUCAUGCUUAUGUUAAAGAGUUGGGUUCGAGUAAAGAGUUCUGUUUGUCUUUUGUUUAUGGGAGGAAUACGAUUGAUGAGCAGUUACAGUUAUGGCAAGAUUUAUCUAGGCUGUCUUUUCCAGUCAAUCCUUGGCUUGUGGCUGGAGACUUUACUGCUGUUUUUUAUUUUAAUGAUCGGCUUGGUGGUCGUGAUGUUGCUGCUAUGGAAAUGGUGGAUGCUCAAAGAUGGAGAUCUAUAGGGUUGGUUGAUGAACUUCGCACUUGUGGUUCCCAUUACACUUGGUCAAAUAAGCAAGCUGCUGAGGCUAGAAUCUAUUCCAAAUUGGAUCGUAUAUUUAAAAAUGAAGCCUGGUUGGACUUAUUUCCUCAAUCUGAAGCCUAUGUUAAUUGGGACAUGAUUUAUGACCAUUGUUUUUGCGUCAUUAAAACCAUAACAACUUUGAACUUAGGCAUUAAACCAUUCCGUUUUUUCAAUAUGUGGGCUGACCAUGAAGGAUUCAGAGAGACUGUGUUGCAGAACUGGAUUAAGCCGAUAAAAGCUCAUGGUUUAGAGAGAAUAAUGAGGCAAUUGGUGAGACUCAAACAUAUCCUUCGCAAGUUUAACAUAAGGGAAAUUGGUGAUGUUGUGCACAAGUAUACUGUAGCCAAAGAGAACUACCAAUCUGCCCAAUGUCAGCUCCAAAAGGAUCCUUAUUCAGCUAAUCUUCAAAGAGAGGAAAGGUCUGCAUUUGGGACUUUCUCUAGUCAAUCUAGAUACUAUGAUAGCUACCUUAGACAAAAAAGCAAAAUUAACUAG